AAAUCAAACUGGGUUUUCAUCUUUUCACCGAUGUUCAUCAAAACGCAGUUUCAGUAACAAAAAGAAUCUCAAAAACCCUGAAAUGGGUUAUCUGAGAAAAGCUUCCAAAACCUUAAAGCAAUCAAAUUAUGUGUCAUUGUUAUUCAAUUUCAAUUUAACACAUCAAAGAUUUUCAUUGAACCGUGCACUUUUCUGUACCCAAUCACGCCAAAACAACACGAAAGAGAAACCCGUUAUAGAUUUGAGUCAGUACCCACCAGAGCUUGUGAGAAAUUUCUCGAUAAUUGCUCAUGUGGAUCAUGGAAAAUCAACUCUUGCUGAUCGCCUUUUGGAACUCACUGGAACUAUUAAGAAAGGACUUGGCCAGCCUCAGUAUCUUGAUAAAUUGCAGGUGGAGAGAGAAAGGGGAAUAACAGUUAAAGCUCAGACAGCAACAAUGUUCUAUAAGAAUAUCAUAAAUGGUGACGAUGGAAAAGAAUCACCUAAUUAUUUGUUGAAUCUUAUUGACACUCCCGGGCAUGUCGAUUUCAGUUAUGAAGUGUCAAGGUCACUAGCUGCUUGUCAGGGUGUGCUUUUGGUUGUUGAUGCUGCUCAAGGAGUUCAAGCACAAACUGUUGCUAACUUUUACCUUGCCUUCGAGUCUAACUUAUCGAUUAUACCCGUCAUUAACAAGAUAGACCAGCCAACAGCUGAUCCAGACCGUGUUAAAGCCCAAUUGAAAUCGAUGUUCGAUCUUGACCCAAGUGAUGCAUUGCUAACAUCGGCUAAAACUGGGAAAGGUCUUGAACAAGUUCUUCCAGCUGUUAUAGAGCGCAUACCUCCGCCUCAUGGGAGAAGUGAAUCUUCUUUACGUAUGCUUUUACUUGAUUCAUAUUAUGAUGAAUACAAAGGGGUGAUAUGCCAUGUUGCUGUCGUUGAUGGUGCCCUGCGCAAGGGGGAUAAGAUUUCUUCGGCCGCGACUGGUAGAUCAUAUGAAGCUUUGGAUAUAGGCAUCAUGCAUCCUGAACUUACGUCUACCGGUGUCUUGCUUACUGGACAAGUUGGUUAUGUUAUAAGUGGCAUGCGAUCAACCAAAGAGGCACGUGUUGGCGACACAAUUUACCAUACACGGAGCGAAGGCCCUGUGGAACCUCUUCCAGGCUUCAAACCAGCAAAACACAUGGUUUUCUCUGGUCUUUAUCCAGCUGAUGGAUCCGAUUUCGAAGCACUCAACCAUGCAAUAGAGAGGUUGACAUGUAAUGAUGCCAGUGUCUCUGUUGCUAAAGAAACUAGCACUGCUCUUGGUCUAGGUUUCAGGUGUGGGUUUUUAGGCCUUCUGCACAUGGAUGUUUUUCAUCAAAGACUUGAACAGGAAUAUGGAGCACAUAUUAUCUCAACUGUUCCUACUGUGCCAUACAUAUAUGAGUAUUCUGAUGGAAGCAAAUUAGAAGUUCAGAAUCCUGCUUCGUUGCCGUCUAAUCCCAAGCAACGAGUGGUAGCAUGUUGGGAACCCACAGUAAUAGCUACUAUAGUUAUUCCUAGUGAGUAUGUUGGACCUGUUAUCACUCUUGUCUCUGAGCGUAGGGGUCAGCAGUUGGAGCACUCUUUCAUUGACAGUCAAAGGGCUUUCAUGAAGUAUCGUAUUCCUUUGAGGGAAAUUGUUGUUGACUUUUAUAAUGAAUUGAAGAGUAUAACAUCAGGCUAUGCAUCAUUUGAUUAUGAGGAUUCAGAUUACCAACCGUCUGAUCUGGUGAAACUUGAUAUUCUCUUGAAUGGACAACCAGUUGAUGCAAUGGCAACCAUUGUUCAUAACUCGAAAGCAUAUCGUGUCGGGCGUGAAUUGGUGGAGAAAUUGAAGAAAGUCAUAGACAGGCAAAUGUUCGAGAUAUCCAUACAAGCCGCCAUUGGGUCAAAAAUUGUAGCAAGGGAGACUAUUACUGCCAUGAGAAAAAAUGUUCUUGCCAAGUGUUAUGGUGGUGAUAUUACGCGAAAAAGGAAGCUAUUGGAGAAGCAAAAGGAAGGGAAAAAGCGAAUGAAACGUGUUGGUUCUGUUGAUAUACCACAAGAAGCAUUCCAUGAACUAUUGAAGGUUUCAUAGUAGACGUUUGAAUAAAAAUUGCGCACUAGAUAACGGUUUUGUAACCUAUGGAAGUAGCUAAGGAGAGUGCCACAUAAAACAAUAAGAAGAAAUGAUGAAAGCAAUUUACUUUGGUGCUUUCAUUGAAAACUCAUGUACCUUUUCAAAUCAAUCUAAUUUAUUAGUGAAAAUGACAAUUUCUUACAAUUGAAUUCAUGUUCUUCCAUUUAUUUAUUGAUGUUCUUCAAUGGAAAUUGAGCUUCUAGAGGUUGAUUUCAUUAUUACAAUUUUGAGGUUAGAGAAAAUGAAUUGUUGUCUUGUAGUUCAUUUAUCAGCCGUUAUUUAUUGUAAAUUAAAAUUUUUAAAUAUAGUUCUCAUUAUUUCUA